UUGUGUCGUAGACGUAGGGAAGCUGUCAAAAUAUACAAAAUGAGUUGGAUCUUUGGAAAUAAAAACAAAAACACAUCUUCAUCACAAACAAAUCUACAGGCCCACAGGACAAAACAGAUUGAUUCUCUAAAGAAAGCAAAUCUGAAUCCAAUUGAAGUUCUACCAAAUACAGAAUACAGAAUAACAUUCGUUUCAGGAAACAACAACAUAACUCUAGUUGUAUCUCUUCCUCCCCUUUUUCCACAAGAUCCACCCUCAAUAUCUGUUCAUCCCCCUGUAUAUCACUCAUGGGUCGACUCAACAUCAAAAAUUAUCAACUGUCCAAAUCUCUCAUCGUUUUCCAUGCAUUCCAGUCUAGCUGCAGUAGUUCAGUCCAUCAUUGAUGAAUUUAAGUCACAUCCUCCUCAACUACAGUCAAAUAAUUUUGGUGUAGUGGGACCUCCUCCAUUUCCCCCGUCCACUUCCUCAAUGUCUAGUUAUUCUAGUUCAGGGGGUUUGGCGGGUUACUACCAGCCACCAGGUGCUCAGUAUGGAACCAGCCAACCAGAACCAAUGCAAGGCACUGAAAAUUCUUCAGAGCAGGAUGGAGUAUCUUUAGGUAGAGUUCCUGAUGUAUUUACAGCCUUUCCAGAUCUUAAAACUAAAAGCCUUACACAAUUAUAUGAACUACAAGAUGAAGAAGACAAAAUUUUGGAAAUGAUCCAGACACUACCAGAAGUGGGAAAAUUUGCGGAGGAAAGAGAGAAAAUUUCCAGUGAAUGCAUUGAAUUGGCUAGAAGCAAUUUAAGUUAUAAACCAGUACUGGAACAACUCAGGCAAUGGAUUUCAGAAAAGAACAACCUUUAUGAAAAAACACAAGAAGAGUUUGAGCAACAUCAGAGGAGACUAAUGACCAAAUCUGAGGAUUUUCACCCCUCCGUGAUCCAGAAUAACCUCAAGGUGGCACUAAUGGAAGCAGAAGAGGAAUCUGAAAGCAUUGUGGAUCAGUUCCUGGAAAAAAAAAUGGACGUAGAGGAAUUUAAACAGAGAUUUAUUCAAACAAGAAGUUUGUGUCAUGCCAGAAGGUCAAAGGAUGAAAAAUUAACUCAAAUAAUACUACAACAUGGAUAUAGGAGCUGAAAAACUGACUGUGUGAGAGUUCUUAAAUUGGUCCUGAGGUUCAUAAACUGGUUCCAUGUUCCUAAACUGGUCCUGAAUUCAUGGUGGAAAUCAGUUCUUGUAGUCACAUGAAAAUGUUCACAGAUGCAUCCAUUAUGAAUGAAAAAAAUUUAGGAAUGUUCCAAAAUAAUUCUUCAGAAAAGCUUUAAACAGGGUUUAAUCUCAAUUGAUUUUAUAUCAUGAGAUACAGUAAAACACGCUUAUAGCAAAAUGCUAGGGACAUUAAACAAUUUUGAUUCGUUAUAAACAUAAUUUGUUCUAUCUUUUUAAGUUUAUAAUAUGCUUUAAAACUAUGGGGAAUGAAAAUACUUCACUGUAAGCAUGAAUUCUUUAUAAGCAUGUUUGCUGUAACCAUGUCUUACUGUACAUUUAUCUACAUAAAGGGAUUCUGAGCGUCCAACAUUGUUUAUCAUAUAAAUAUGUUUGUUGUCUUUCCGCCCAUUUUCAUCUUAAUCAGUCCAGUAGAUACACAAAAAAUGUAACUUUAAAACAAUACUCUUGAAGAGAAAGAAAUCAAACAUUAUUUUUUUAAAAAUUUAAUCGUACAAUUUGAAAUAAUUCAAGCUUUUCAUUUUUAUAUUAAAUUGGAAUGGUUAAUCAAGACUUUUCGUACACUUGUAU